AAGCACAACAACAAACCGCAAACGAAAUGAGUCCCAGCAUGACUACCGAGGCCGACCAGCCUCUUCCUGCCAGGUCCACCGUGGCCCAGAGGAAACAAGCCAACGAACUGAGAAAGACUCUUAAACCUUUGUUGGAGAAGAGAAGACGUGCUCGUAUCAACGACAGUCUAAGUCAUUUGAAAAGCCUGAUUCUUCCUCUGGUUGGGAAAGACAACGCACGCUACUCCAAGCUUGAGAAAGCUGAUAUCCUGGAAAUGACGGUCCGUUUCCUGAGAGACCUUCCUUCCACUCCUGUCAAAGACUCCGCAGACAGUUACAAAGAGGGCUACAAAGCCUGCCUGCAGCGCGUCUCCACUCUGCUUCCCAAAACGAGUCUGGAUCAAGACGCUUGUCAGCGGGUGAACGAGUUCGUCCAGCAGUCCAUGUCCGCCACCGUCACCCCGACCUGCCUGAGCUGCUGUGCGCAGAGCUCCAGGACUCUCCCUCAGAUCCAACAGAGGCUCCUUAGCCUCAAAUCCAGCUUCAGCUCCAGGAUGGAGAGCCAGUCCGGCGGCGGCAGCAGCAGCGGCAGCGGCGCAGCGGCUCCGAGCCGCGCGCAGUCAGGAGCGCAGGCUGCCAGCGCAGCCAUGUGGAGACCGUGGUAG